AUGGCCACCUCCGGAGCCGCCUCCUCGUCCCCUUCAACUUACGAUGUAUUCUUGAGUUUUAGAGGAGAAGAUACUCACAACAACUUUACUGCACACCUUCACAAUGCUUUGAAUCAAAGGGGAAUCAAUACCUACUUAGAUGAGCAGCUUAGAAGGGGAGAGGAAAUUUCACCAGCACUUUUCAAAGCCAUUGAAGAGUCGAAGAUUUCCAUUCUUGUGCUAUCGGAAAAUUAUGCAUCGUCCACUUGGUGCUUGGCCGAGCUUAAGAAGAUCCUUGAGUGUAAGAGAACAAGACAACAAAUUGUUAUACCGAUAUUUUACCUCGUAGAUCCGUCGAAGGUAUGGCAUCAGAGAAAGAGUUUUGGACAAGCAUUGACUAAACAUGAAGACAGAUUUAAGGAUGAUCAUAUGAAGAUGCAGAAAUGGAAGGAAUCCCUAAAAGAAGUGGCCAAGUUGUCUGGAUUUCAUUUAAAGAAGGAAGGGUAUUGA